AUGGUCGUCGAGAAAGCCGUCAUACGGCCAGGAAAUGGCAUCGAUACUCCCAAGAAAAAUGACGAGGUCUCCAUGGAGUACACCGGCUGGCUAUUUGACGAAGAUGCUCCUGAUUGCAAGGGAAAACAGUUUGACACCUCUGUUGGUCGCGGCGAUCUCAUUACCCCGAUCGGCGUUGGCAGAGUCAUUCGAGGUUGGGAUGAGGGCAUUCUAGGGUCUCAGAGCAGUUCGCCCAUGACACUCGGUGAAAAGGCGACUUUGACAAUAUCAGCCGAUUAUGGCUAUGGGGCUCGUGGCUUUCUCGGAUACAUUCCAGCAAACGCAAAGUUGAUAUUUGAUGUCGAGCUCAAGGCCAUCAAUGGGAAGAAGGCAUGA